AUGGGCUUUAACAUUUGGUCAGAAAAGCCAAGCGAAAGCUUACCACAGUACUCACGGUUGCCACAACAAGAGCAAGCUGAUACCCGCCCUCAUUCAGCAUCCAGAGGAACAUCAACUCGAUCAGAUGUUUUCUCAUACGUUCGUUUCAUUCUCUACUCGAUGACGGGCAUCGCAUUCAUUACAUCUUUUCUUUGGGCCGGUCCCACCGCCCUUCGUGAAUACCUUAAUGCCCCAUCCUCCUCUUCCUCUGCUCUACCAAUAAUCACAAAUUCCUCUGCUCCAACAAUUAACCUCAUAAUCGCCUCCUUCACAUCAAAAAUUGAUUCAUCAGAAUGGACAAAGAGCUUGAAGAAAGAUAACUUGGCAAUCAUUCAAUACGAUUCUCCAGCGUCCACACACAGAGGCUCUGAGGCCCUCAUCUAUUUAAACUACCUCUACCAAUUUUACGAUAAUCUACCUUCUGUUUCCAUCUUCAUCAACAAAUGGGAAGAGACAGAGCUUAGCUGCCCAGUCUCCGAAACGAAUCUAAUAAAUCGUCUGGACCUUGCCACUGUUCAGUCUCGGGGCUUCCUUCCCUUCUGCUUCCAGGAUGCAUCAAGCAUCGAAACCAAUGAUUCCAUCAUCUCAUUAUUUCAUAAGAGCUUUCCAGAAAAAGAAGUGCCGAACAAGUUUUCAGCUCCGUGUAAUGAAUUUGCGGUUUCGAGGGACGCAAUCCGUUCAGUACCGAGGGAACAAUACCUGCAUCUUGCUAAUCUGCUCAGACCAACAUGUGCGGAAUCUGACGCGGGGAAAGAGUGGGACGUCAUGUGGCCGUACCUCUUCCUACAAGAUGAUACAGAUGAAUUUGCUCCUUCAGAAGCCUUAUGUCAAGGCUGGGGGAUUUGCUUGGGUGCGGAGGAUUAG